CGUCCCGAUCUCGUCCCCGAAUUUGAAACUAAGUUUGUGUUUUUUCUUUUAUUUACAAUCUCAUAAAUUUUAUGAUAACUGAAUAAAAACAAAUUCUGUCUAAAAACAGAGAUUCAUAUCUUCAUAAGACCUUUUGAUCAGCAAUCUAUCGAACCUCCAAGGCGGUAUAAUCAUGAAGAUUUGUUUAUUGAAAACUGUGUCAACCACUUUAAGUAGAAGAUUUUUAUCAACCACUAACUACAAAAAAGUAACACAUUGCAUAUUCGAUCUGGACGGAUUACUUCUAGAUACUGAGUUAGUUUAUAAGAAGAUGGUAACACAACUGUGUGCUCAAUAUGGGCACAAGUAUACAGAUGAACUAAUGAUGAAAGUUUUGGGAGGUACAGAACAACGUCUAUCAGAAAUUUUAUGCAAUGAACUAAAGCUUCCUGUGACUCCUACAGAGUUUAGAGACCAACUUCUUGUUCUUGGAGACACCAUGUUGGCUGGAGCACCAUUGCUAGAUGGGGCUGAAAGACUUAUCCGUCAUCUACACAAAACUAAGGUGCCAUUUGCACUAGCCACAUCGUCUAGUGAGAGGUCUGUGCAUACAAAAUUAGCUGCUUAUAAAGAGUUAUUUUCAUAUUUCCAUCAUAUGGUCAUGGGCAGCACAGACAAGGAAGUCAAAUAUGGAAAACCUCAUCCAGACAUAUUUUUGGUAGCAGCUUCCCGGUUUAAGGACAAACCACACCCAUCUAAGUGCCUUGUAUUUGAAGAUUCUCCGCAUGGUGUUACUGCAGGCAUAUCUGCAGGCAUGCAAGUAGUCAUGGUACCUGAUCCACAUUUAGAUAAGAAGCUCACAACGCACGCCACAAUCGUAUUACCCACCCUAGCUAAAUUUCGACCUGAAUUGUUUGGUCUUCCUGCCUUUCAGUAAUGUUAGAUUUUAUAUUCACUUAGUAUUUCCAGCUUUGCAACGUCAAUUACGCAAGCAGGACAUUAUUAUUAAAGUUUAAAUAUGUUUAUGUACUAGUAAGCAAUUUGACGUCCUUUAUAUAUUGAUUUGAUCAAACAUAAUGUGACCGAAUAUUAUUGAUCGUUAAUUUUGUAAGCCAACCUUCACAUCAUUGAUUUUAAGCGUGAAAAUGUUGAUUAGGUAAGUUCAGUUGAUUACGGGAGUGGACAGUAGACGUAAAUUUUUUUUUUGUUUUUUCUGGUAAUAUACUAUUACCGAUAAUCACACUACCAUGCUUAUUUUAUUUAAAAUAUUAUUUAAAUUAAUUAUAAAAAAACAUUUUUUAUUCUGCAAAACAGCGCGUGACAUCACAGUCCUCUAAGGAAGAUGUCAUAAAUUAGAGUUAGACAUUGAAUGUCGUAUUUUUGUUGUUAUUUUUUAUGUUAGUUUCAGAGGACUGUGACGUUACAUCGACGCCAUGACAGAGGUUAGCUUUUUAGCGGGAAAUGUUGAAUUCGAAUUUCGUUUUUAGAUUUUAUAAUAAUAUAUGAGAGAUAAUUUAAUAUAAAUCAAGUAUAUCUGUAAAAUAAAAAUAUAAAAAAAAAUCGUCUACACCUGUAUUGUAAAAAAAACCUUUUGUUAUAUAAUAUUGUAUGCAGUGUGUACAUUUUAUAUGAUUAAUGGUUUAAAAUAAUAACAAAACAGUAGUAAAAUAUAUUGAAUACUAAAAACUUAUAUUUUAACGAAAAAUAAUGAAACCAACUGUAUCCUACGAAGCAUGAGACAAAGUUUUGUUAAUUUCCAGUCUUAAAAACGAAAAAAAAAAUUACAAUAUAUAGUAUAUAUUAGAAUAUUUUUUAAUGUUUAUUGUAAAUAGAGUAUUGAUAUAGCUAUAACAAUAUAUAUGUAUACUAGCAAUAACAACAUUUAGUAGCAUAUUUUUGAUAGCAAUUUUAGAGUUGAUUUUUUCAGUGAAGCCAUAUUUUAAAACUUUUUGUAUUUUAAUUUAUCCUCUCAUAAUCAUGAGAAUUGGAAUUAGUGCAAAUAUAAAUGUCAGACUAAAUAAUGUAAUGUAUAUAGUGUAAUUUGCAGAUAACGUGCAAUCUGAAAAUUAUGUGUAGGUAUAAAAGUUACAAAAAUCAGAUUCUAUUGAUUAGAAAUUUAUUAUAUUAAAUUGGUUGUAUGGGUAAUUUAUUUUCAAAUAUAUAUAUUUGAUGAUAAAUUUACAAAAGGUAUAAUAUGUUAACUAAUAGUACUCGUAAUAAUAAAUUAAAAUAAAUAUUGAAUCUUAAUUCUGGAAAUCUAAUAUUUUAGAAUGAGUGAACCAUAGGUUUUUUCGAUCAUUGCAUAGAAGACGGACACCACUUUAAAACUUUUGCCCUUUUUCGAAAAAAAAUAGAUCGGGGUUAUCGAGUUGGACUGUUAUAAUGUGGGUGUCGCUCGUACUGUUAACCCCAAUAAAAGAAUUUCAAUAAUAAAAAAAGCCUCAAUUUUUCGAAUAAACUUUAAUAGCGCCCUAUUUGUUUGAGAUGACUUUGUUGUUUGUUUAUUUCAAAGAUGUGCAGUGUAAAUCAAAGAGAAAAAAAAUGAUUUAUUGAAGAG